CUUCUCAACACUGGUCUCCUAUUAACCUCAAAGGAAAACCGACGAAGUCGACUCGACGCGAAUUUCAAAGGAAAACAAGCGAAUUUUCAGGGAAAUUAGGUCGCAGCUUCUUCUGCCGACUUUUCUGGGGGAAGGGCGGCGUGAAUGGGACGCCAUGCCAGCGAAGCGGAUGACGGCCACCACAGCAACAGCAGUUUCGUCCAUCGGUGGACCCAGUGGGUCCUCCACGACUAAUAAUGGUCCGUCUGGGGGCGGGACACGCCCCUUGGAGACACUCAAUGGAAUGACCAGGCUGACUCCCGCCCGCGACUUGACCCUAGGUGGGCGUGGCGCUGGAGCAGCCAGCAAAAAGGUCUUCGCCCCCAAUUUGAAUGCGGUGCGGAACAAAAAUGCCAAUGUCAAGACCUCCAAGGACACCACCCAACCCAGAGGCGGACGCCGGGGUGGGCGUGGCAAUGGGACAGGAGCAACACGUGGUCGUGGUGGGAGUUCCGCUGGCGGGGGCAAUUCCACCCUCAUCCAAACGCAAGGACUCUUCUCCGAAGGAGCCGGCGAUGUCCACAUGCGGAGAUCCACUGGCAAUGGUACGGCGUAUGCCAGGGCCGGCGAGGAGGUGGCCGUGGCCAGGAAACGGGUGGAUCGCAAGGACGACAAGGGCCAGGGCGAAAGGAUCAAGGAACUCCUCGGCGAGUCGGAUGCCAGCGAUGCAGAGCUCAGCGAAGAGGAGGCGAACAAGACUGAGAUGGCCCUUAAGCCCAUCCUGCUGAAGGAAGGUCUUUGGGCCACCCAGAAGACACCGAUUGUGAAGACCGAGGACACAAGUGAAACCUCCACCCAAAAGGACACUCUGGCUGUUGCUCAGCAUUUGCAGCAACUGCAUGUGGCCGUGCAAGCUGCCAGCUUAGAGGAACUACCGCUUCAAUACGGUCGCUAUCCGCGCAGCAUUGGCAACUUUCUGGACUCCAGUCAAUCGCAGAUCUUCCUGAUGCAGCUGCCGGAUGUGCUGCCAUGUGUGGGUGAUGACCCGGAGGACACAGAACCCUCUAAAGCGGAUCCCCAAGCAGCCAGUGAAUCGGAACCCUCAAGUCCUGCAGCCAAAUCCUCCAGCGGAGCCAAGGGAAGUGUACUACGACAGCUGGAAGAGGGACAAAUCGGAAAGAUCCUGCGGUACAAAUCGGGUCGCGUCAAACUCCAGCUGGGGGAUACCCGUUUUGAUUUGGACAUGGGUCUCGAUCCGGGUUUCCUGCAAGAGCUUAUGUCUGUUACUGCGAACCGCGAGCAGCGCAGCGGAAACAUGAUUAAUUUGGGACCCAUACAGGCCAAACUAAAGGCCACUCCGGAUUGGGUGCACCUCUUCGAGCAGCAGGAGGCGGCAGCCAAACGAACGAAUCAGGCACCCAACACGUAGCACUACCUUCAUUCAGCCCCCCCCGUAGUAGAUAUGUAAAAUUGUAAAUAGGCUGCGCCUAAGUCUAAGUUAUUUCUACUCUAAAUGCCGUAUAUAAACUUUAAAUAUAGAAAUUUUGUAA